AACAGCUGGGGCAGUGCAGCCCUGCCCCAACCCACUAAGCCUCACUGGUGCUAGUAGCAAGCAGCGCGCCGUUUUGCCCGAUGCUAAACUGCUCCACUAUCCACGAACUAGCCACCGAAGAUAUUCUUUGGGCGUCGAAGGAUCAAAGCACCGAGAUCCUCCGUGAUAGGCACCGUUGCCACCCAGGGUACAAAAGGCGGGUCAUAUCCUCGAAGUCCGGGUACACAAGACUGCAAUUAUCCGUUCCAGUACCACAAUCCUAACCACGAUGAAAUUCAACCCUUCAAUCGCGCUCCUCUCUCUCGCGACCGUCGCCCUCGCCGCCCAGCAACCCCUCGCAGAAGACCCCUCCGCGACCGGGGUGAACACCCACGAUGAUACAUCCCACCAGCCAUCCGAACCCGAAGCCAGCGACUCUCUCAAGCAACGCCUCGGAAUCAACGCCAUUCAACAGCUUGCUCAAUCAUUCUUCAACACCGAAUCCGAGCCGACAACCGAGUCGACCACUGAGUCGACAUCCGAGAAGAAAUGCGUUGAUUCGGAUGAUUUUGCCCAUCACAUCGGCAAGGCCCUCGCCGAUUCCCAAAACGAGAAACUACGCGACGAACUAGACAAACUAGACGGGAAACGAAAACAAGGCCAGGCCGGUGUCGAAUACAUCAAACUCAACCUCGAGGACUUUGAGGAGAAGCAAUGCGGUGGUUUCGAGCGGAUUUAUGGCGAAUGGCGAUACUCGUUCAAGUCGAACAUGGCGGACUCGGAAUGCGAUUACACAUCGUUGAGCCAGACGGUGGGGAGAGCCGUAGGGGAGUUUGUGGAUAAGAAGCAUUUCAAGAAUUGCAAGAGGGAUUGUGACACGAUGUGUCUGCGGUUUGACCAGGGUGGGCCAUGGGAUGGCUACGUGAGGUUGGGGAAGAAGGACAAGUUUGAUCGCUUUGCGUACUGUGGGCCCACGUUGAGCUUGGUUCCGAAUCGGCUGUAGGCGAUGUCCUGGCCUGGGGAAGGGAUAGAGGGCUGUUGGUGUAGUGCUUGGUGUCGAUGAUUGCGGGUCUCGCCAGCCGCCAGAUGUCCUAGGCAGUGAUUAUGCAGUCAAAACUUUCGUACUUGAGUUCGAAGACUUUCCUU